GGGUGGGCCCAGGCCGCUUCCGGCCGACGACGGCGGAAGCGCCGGUCGCCGGGGAAAACGCGGCGGGAGCGCGGCGGGACUGGGCGGCAGCCAUGGGGCGCCGUAAGUCCAAGCGGAAACCGCCGCCCAAAAAGAAGAUGACGGGGACACUGGAGACACAGUUCACUUGCCCCUUCUGCAACCACGAGAAGUCCUGCGACGUCAAAAUGGAUCGUGCCCGCAACACGGGGGUGAUCUCCUGCACCGUCUGCCUGGAGGAGUUCCAAACACCCAUCACCUACCUGUCAGAGCCUGUGGACGUCUACAGCGACUGGAUCGACGCCUGUGAAGCUGCCAACCAGUAGUGGCCGAGGCAGCCCCUGCCCACGGCACAGCCCCAGGCCCUGGGGUGGGGGGGACCCAGCCCCCAGGGGAGGGCCCCAGACCCUGGGGGGGGGUGGUCGUGUCCCUGCCCCUGGCCCAAGGUGGGGGUCACAGCCCCACCACCCCUUCAUGGCAUUUUGUUAGUGUUUUCUUUACUUAAUGUUUUCUACCUUUUUGUCUCCGGACACUGGGGCUCCAGCUCACAUGGGGACCCAGGACAUGCCUCCCACCCCGGGGAGGGGACCCCCACUCUUGAGGUGGGUCUGGGGAGAAGGCUCACCGAGCCCCACUGGGACUUGUUCCCGUCCCAGUGGUGAGGUCUGUGCCAGGGUGGGGCUGCCAGGACAUGGGGAGGGGGAUGCAUUUGGGCUGAGCUGCCCUUGAAUAAACACCCUUGUGGGGCUGGACCAGA